AUGUCGGAAUUGAAAACUGUCAAAACAGAGCUGAUUGAGACGAAAAAUCAAAUAAAUGGUCUUCCUACCAAGAUUUCGGAUAACAAUCUGGAAAUGAUACUGAAAAUUCAGAAAAGUCAAGAUCAGAUGAAGAUUCAGGAAGGAGAAUUUGCGAAGAAGAUCGAAGAAUCAGUUGCACCUGUGAAAACACCGCUGGAAGCCCCAAUUGAAGAUAAAAAAUUGGAUAAUAAAAAACCAUUUUUCAAGAUUACUGUACAUUUGCAUGGAGGUCCUAAUGCAUCCGUAUAUGGAAGAAAGUACAAUCAUCUCGUGUUCGAUGCGCAUACGAUUCGUGAUCUUAAAGUGCGGAUCAAGGCACUUAUUAUGCAGUCCAGUCCAAUAAAACUGAGAACCGAAUUGUACAGAUUGUUCUUUGUUUAUACACUUCUCGAAGACCACCAAACUAUCGCUUAUUACAAAUUCAAGAAGGCUCAACACUUGACCUGA